AGCCCAUUGGCUACGAGUCCGAGUCAUUUUCCCAUUUAAAGCCUGACGUCAGGGCGCCUAUAAAACUCAGCAAUGCUUUUAAACUCAUCCGCUGCCCGUCCCUUAAAUAUCAACAGCACGCGGCGUCUUCCAUGCACGACUGCCUUUCUUUUGGUUUUGAGUUUUUCCUUUUUAAUCUGGUUGCACAGUGAAGUUGCGCACACGAUGCUGUGAAAUGCCGUUAACUGUGUGAAAGCUGUGAUAUUGUCGGGCGCAGAGAGGCAGGGAGCGCCUCCGCGAAGGACAGCUGAUCCUUCACACUAACUGCGCAUUCCAAACAGAAAGAAAAAGCCCAUUUUUAAAAUAAACAGCGAUUCAAACUGGCUCACACUCUUUGCAACCAGAACAGUCUGACAGCUGCUCUUCAGCCCCUUUGGAGGACUGUCAGCAGCAAGAGGAUGGCAUCAGAGCUGGCGAUGAGCAGCCCCGACCUGCCCACCAGUCCCCUGGCCAUGCAAUAUGUUAAUGACUUCGAUCUGAUGAAGUUUGAAGUGAAGAAGGAGCCGCUGGAGCCCGAUCGCAGCAUCAGCCAGUGCAGCCGCCCGAUCGCCGGGGGAUCCCUGUCUUCCACCCCGAUGAGCACGCCUUGCAGUUCGGUACCUCCUUCUCCGAGCUUCUCGGCGCCCAGUCCGGGCUCCGGGAGCGAGCAGAAGGCGCACUUGGAGGAUUUCUACUGGAUGACCGGUUACCAGCAGCAGUUGAAUCCCGAGGCUUUGGGCUUCAGCCCCGAAGACGCCGUGGAGGCGCUGAUCAGCAGCACUCACCAGCUUCAGACCUUCGAUGGAUAUGCUAGAGGGCAGCAGUUUGCCGGUGCAGCCGGAGCAGGAGGCACCAUGGCCGGAGAAGAGAUGGGAUCUGCCGCCGCAGUGGUGUCUGCUGUCAUUGCGGCUGCUGCAGCCCAGAACGGAGCUCCUCAUCACCACCACCACCACCACCACGCCGGGGGUCAUCACCAGGCGUCCGGGGUUCAAUCUAAUGGCAGCUCAGGGGGAAACCACCAGCACAUGCAUCUGGACGAUCGGUUUUCGGACGAGCAGCUGGUGACCAUGUCGGUGCGGGAGCUCAAUCGGCAGCUACGCGGGGUCAGCAAAGAAGAAGUGAUCAGGCUUAAGCAGAAAAGGAGGACCCUCAAAAACCGAGGCUAUGCCCAGUCGUGCCGCUUCAAGAGGGUUCAGCAGAGGCACGUCUUGGAAAGCGAGAAGACCCAGCUAAUUCAGCAAGUAGACCACCUCAAACAAGAGAUCUCCAGGCUGGUCCGGGAGAGGGAUGCGUACAAGGAGAAGUACGAGAAGCUUGUCAGCAAUGGCUUCAGAGAAAACGGCUCCAGCAGUGACAACAACCCUUCGUCUCCAGAGUUUUUCAUGUCCUCAAGAAAGUUUCUGCAUCUGUGACAGAGAAUAACAGCCAGUGCCCUUGGCCUGGACCCUCAGAGAGCAUGGUGACAGAAUGCCAAUGGCACAGAAUGACCAGCACAGACACGAAGCACAACUGACACAUCCCUGACGACAUCCACGGUGACGCUGCCCCCCCCCCACCUUCAUCCUUGUGUCCAGAAAAACAUCAUGGCAUCUUCUCUUCAGAUGCCUGCUCUCCAGCUGUGGAUACAGUUGCAACCUGAGAACUUCAUCUUCUUCACUUUCUAAGAGACUCUUUUGGUUGGACACUUAUGUUGGUGUGAUUUUGCGUAUGGAGAUAUAAGAACACAUCUGUGAGACUUGUGACUCACGCUCAGGAUGUUUGCUAAUGAAUUAACCACUUAAUCAUCUUAAACAUCUGCAUUAACACAAAACUGGUCCUUUUUGAAGAUUUUUAUUGCAGUAUACAGAAGGAGCUAAUUGUAAAUAUAUAGUGUGAUCCAUUUACCUCUGCAUUCCUUCCCACCCCCCUUUUUCAAACUACAAGAAAAAGUUCAGUUUUCUUUGCUGCAUCUUUACGCCUGUGAAGGCAUGUGUAUCGGAAAUCGUUUGUAUCGCAGUGAAUCGUCCUCCCAGAUGUUUGCAGCUGUGACGGGGCCACAGCAUUUGAAAUAAUCUGGGGAUCCUCUAGUGUUGACAUCUUCAUAAGGGCUCCCAGGACCGUGGAGAAGCUCACACGGUUGGCAGGAUGACCUGGUGCAGACAGGGAGCACAGCUGCGUGGGGCCUCCAUUCCGACCUUCAGAAAUCUUUCAUCUGUUGUGUUCCCGGUUCCUAGAGGAACUUCGCGUUCCUGCCACUUUAGAGCUGCGAUGUUUUCAUUUCAAGGAGAACUGUUAUUGUAUGAUGACGCCUCAUGACACCCAUGACCAACGUGACCUUUGGAGGAGGACACCAGGCUAUGCCUGUAGCUGUCAGAUUUUAGAGGUAUAUCACAGCCACUUCCAGAUAUCUUUAGUCAGCCAAAUUCUUAGAGUCUCGCUUCACCUCGCACGUGCGUGUUGCUUUAUAUCAGCCCAAAACAGUGACCGCCUGUUUUGGUCACACUCACGCAUUCCGCCAGCUGUCCCUCCCGCUGUUGUGUCUCUUUGUCUGCUGAAUGAGACUCGCGGCUUCUUCCUUCAGGGCUCCCUGCAUCCGCAAACAGAGCGAGUCAUCCUGGAGGGGGCCUCAGCCACAGCCUGCGAGUUUCGGGGUUGGCAGCCCGAGGUCCGUCCGUGCAGAUGUGGCCAGUCUCUGUCAUGCCACUCACUUCCACAGGCAGUCAGGUGUCUCAGCAACAACUCUGCCAGCUUCAGAUUCGUGCUUCAGCUCAACUCCAGGAGGAUAAACAGCAAGAAUUUCCUCAUAGAAAGUGCCACUUUGUAUUUAAAUACUCAGCGUGUACAAUAGAUAUUACUGUAACCAAGUAACGUGCUGUCACAGUGAUCGCAUGCUACCAUUAAACAGUAGACUGAGGUUUUUAUUUUGUCCAAAAGAAUAGAUCCACUAAACACAGCAGGGAACCAGGUCCACUGUACACACCAAGAUUAACUGUCCACAGGUCAUCUGUGCACAGAAGGGAUCCAGGUCCAGUGUACACAGAUGGGAUCCAGGUGCACUGUACACAACAGAGAACCAGGUCCAUUAUACACAGCAGGGAUCCAGGUCCACUGUACACAGAAGGGAUUCAGGUCCACUGUACAGAGAAGGGAACCAGGUCCACUGUACACAGCAGGGUUCUAGGUCCAUAGUACACUGAAGAGAUUCAGGUCCAAUGUACACAACAGGGACCCAGGUCCACUAUACACAGAUGGGAUCCAGGUUCACUGUAGACAGCAGGGAACCAAGUCCACUGUACACAGCAGAGUUCUAGGUCCAUUGUACACUGAAGGGAUUCAGGUCCAAUGUACACAACAGGGACCCAGGUCCACUAUACAUAGAUGGGAUCCAGGUCACUGUAGACAGCAGGGAACCAGGUCCACUGUACACAGCACGGACCCAGGUCCACUAUACAUAGAUGGGAUCCAGGUUCACUGUAGACAGCAGGGAACCAGGUCCACUGUACACAACAGGGACCCAGGUCCACUAUACACAGAUGGGAUCCAGGUCCACUGUACACAGCAGGGAACCAGGUCCACUGUACACAGCAGGGAACCAGGUCCACUAUACACAGCAGGGACCCAGGUCCACUGUACACAGCAGGGAACCAGGUUCACUAUACAUAGCAGGGAUCUAGGUCCACUGCACAUGGAAUGGAUCCAAGUCCACUGUACACAGAAGGGAUUCAGGUCCACUGAACAAGCAAGAGAUCCCAGUCCACUGUAUACAGAAGAGUUUCAGGUCCACUGUACAUGGAAGGGAUUCAGGUCCACUGUACAUAACAGGGAUCUAGGUCCACUGCACACAGAAUGGAUCCAAGUCCUCUGUAUGCAGAAGAGAUUCAGGUCCAGUGUACACAGAAAUGAUCCAGAUUCACUGCUUCUGUGAUUUGGGCUUUUUAAGAAUAUUAGAGAUACAGAUACAGGACCAUCCUCAACUGUUUCUUUUGUUUAAUGAUGAUUAAACGGUGAAGUUUGUAAGCUGUGAUAGUAAAACAUCACAUCCCCAAAGCAUGGCAUGGACUUCUUCAGUCAUACAUCUGAAAAGUAUUUCUUGGCUGGAAACUGUGAAAAUGUUCACUCCUCGGGAAAGAAUCCGUCACAGAAUAGUAGCGCAUGAGACGCCCAUCAAGUGAGCCAGUGGUUCGGAGCUGGAAAUGUUGGGCACCUUGGAACUACAUCCCAGUGACAGAAAGCAGCAAAGGAUUCUGGGUGAUCACAGCUGGAUAUCCCGGAUCAACAGCAACUCUUCGUGAAACAUGGACACACUUUCUGCCCUCAAUAAUUAUGCAAUCAAACGCAUGUAUCUUGUAUUAUGUGAUAAAAUCAAGAGAUUCACAUGGUAUUUAAUCCUUAACUUCAGCACCUGACAUCUAUAGUUUUAUUAAUAUAAAAAAAAAUCAUAAUUUGCGUUAUGUAAGCAGGCUGGAACUGCAUUUUUCACGCAAACACACAUGAUCCUCUAUGUCCAGCUGUAUAGAGACAUUAAAAGCUGACAACUUUAAAAAAUAAUAAUGAAAAUAAAUAUUUGGGACUAUGUUCAGGUGGAAACCCGUGUAUGUACACACACUUACAUCCACCAGGGAAUCGUGAUACUCUUUGGAACAGACAAGCGGAGAAUUAAAAUGAUGGAUGUAGAGGGAGAAACACAUGCAUAAAGGAACAUAUGGAAUCCUGCUCUGGAAUAUUCUGGAUUGCUUCUUAACCCGCAGCGAAUCGUCGCCUUGCAGCGCCCCCCUUUCGUUCCAGAAAGAGCGUGCUCAUUCACUGCAGGCCUCAGAUAUACAUGGAGUGUGAUGCCGUACGAACAGAAAGCUGCAUAAUACUGUGACAUGUGACUUACAUUAGGUUUGUUCAAUGAAAAUGUGUCCUUUGGGUCUAAGGAUCGGCGCAGUUACGGCGACUCACAAAAACUCACAUGGCACACACAGGGGGGUGGAAAUCCUUUCACAUCAUCAAUUAAGUGGCCAUAUCCACACCCCUACCCCCUUGUCCCCAGUGGCUCUCUCCUUCAGCGGCCCCUCCUGCCCCUCUCCCAUCCCCACCUCCCACUGAGGUGUGGCCCCCUGGCACAGGUAGCCCCUCAUUCCCAAGACAGUGUAGUGAAGAACAUUUUGCCGUUUUCCCUGAAUCCGUCUGGAGUGUGCCUGCAUACCCCCUGGGUGUGUUAUGGAGUGCUUUACGGACUGUUUUACACACUCGUGUCUAAAUCAAGUUUAAAUUGAGCCGUCAAGCAAGCAGAUUGAGGUCUUAAACAGCGGACCGCAGGAAGCCAGCUGCUCAUUAUUUUCUGAUUAAUGUCCUUAACAACGUGCCGAAAUUUCCUGGAGGUACCCUGGUCCAAAGUGGCCGGGACCAGAACGUCACCAGACUCAUCCAGCUACGCGCACUACUCCCAUGAUGCAUUAACAAUACUAGACUACAGAAGGUUCCGGUUAAAGUGAAUCACAGCAUCUCGCCAGGAAGCUGGAGGAGAUCCACAUUCAGCCUGUCGAGGUGAUCUAGUUGAUUUGGAGCUCAGAUCUGUUCAGACUCCUUAAUUCAAGUUUGAUCUUUACUUCAGUCUUAUUUUUUUUGUGGAAGCCAGCCUCUUUUUUUUUAAAUUAUAUUUCAUUCAUGAAUUGCGUUGAUUCAAAUAAACUUAAGUGAUUUUGGCUUAAAAUGUGUUUGUAUAAAAAAAAACAUCCCUCAGUGAUCUCUGCUGUAUUUAUGUACACUGAAAGACAGUUUCAAUGUACUUUAAUGUAAGACAUGUUUGAGCGAGGUUUUACCGGAAAUGUGAACGCUUUCAUUAAAAAGGCUGGGCCUUUUUUCUCUAACUUAAUCACGGUAUUAAUUUUGGUUGUUCCAGUCGGCUUUAUUAGUCACUUACAGAUGUGUGAUUUUAGGUCAAGCCUGUUGACUCAGAUAUCGGGGCGGUUUCCAAUGGUGUCAUUAGCCUCUUGCUUGAGUCAUAGACCGAACCUGCAAAACACAUUACUGGGGUAACUGGAAGUAUGUGCAUACACUGGGCACGGCGUAGGAGGGAGAGUAUGUGGGCACAGUAGCAAAAAAAGCUACCGAUACCAUAAUAUCAUCUCUGUUAUGAUGAACUUGUUGUUGUUGAUGUUGCGGUUAUUCUACCUCAGACUUUGUCUGUGCGUCAUGUGCUCCCUGUGUCUCACUGUCACCCCCUCAAGUCCCCCCGUAAAGCGAUACUGGGUUCGGCAUCGGGUGGGGUAUCGUUAUAGCAAAUGUGUUCACUUUCCCCUGGCUAAGGACUCGUGGACUUUUAUACUCUUGUGUCGAAUGUGAUUUCCAUCACCACCAUCAGAUACGCACUUCGGUAUUCAUGUUUUUUUCCACCAUAGUAUGCGGUUUGUGCGUAAGGACUGCAGACAGAAUGAUGGGGAGUGACGGGCGACCCGAGGGCCUGUCGCAUUUAUCACAUGGCACAUUUUCUCUGUCUCGUCCCGUGCGCUGAGCUGUGGAGCCCAGUGCUUAUGAAACACAACUCUUUGGCAUCUCCGCUUCUUGAGAGGAAGGACCUUCCUUCGGACUUUCAUUCCUACAAGCCACGUCACGUUCGCACGGUGACCGUAUCCCUCGCGGCUCCGAUUGGCAGCUGGGAUGCCGCAGGAUGGAAAAUGCACUGGGGAGUCACCCGUCCGUGCAGCAAUACCUAAAGAAACGUCUGGCCGGUCCGAGAGAAACAGCGCCGCCCACAGCCAGGCAUGAGGAGAUGAGGGUGCAGAAAUGGAGUUUACCUUCAGGUGUGACUUCAGUCUUCCAAAAUAAACAAGAAAAAUGCAUUUGUAAAGUGUAUUGUCGCAAUAAAAUAUGCAGUUAUGCUACUGCUGACUCUGAAAAAGGAGGCAGCGUUCCAAGAGAAGGUUCUAAGAGCAUUGCCAAGCUCUGAGCGCCUGUCUGUCGCACUUUUGGGAAGCGCCUCCGCGAGUAGUUUUCGCCUGUGAUUAGCAUAACAGAGACCAGGUGGAGGGGUGCCGCUUGCCGGACGGCACUGGACAAGAAAGAUCCCCGGUCAGUGUAGCUCACCAGCACCUCAUUUCGAGUUUGUAGACCACUGUCGUUUCAGCUGGGCCGUAUGGGUGUGGCUUCUGGCCUUCUGAUUGGCCAGCCGACAGUGCGUGUGAAGCUGGACGUCAGCUGCUCCGUGUACAUGAACGGCUUAUCUGGAAGGCUACCUUUGUUUUUCUUGCAAAGAUUACUGUAAGCCAUGCCAGUAUUCCCUUUAUAUGCAUGUGAUGAGUAUUUAGAUAUUUGUAUGUCACAGUUUUCCCUUUUUCCUCACUGGGAUGUGUAAAUAAACUGGGAAACCAUAGAUUGCUUAGUUCCCGACCCACCUUGUAAAUGACAGACAGCUAUGCAUGCUGGUGAUAUAGCAAAUCCUUUCAGGUACUUUUGUAUCCCAGAAUUCCCAUUACAGCAUGUGAUUAAAAACAAAAAAAUAUAGAAAAGAGAAUAAAAAAUAAAAUAAUGCAGAAGCGGUUUGUUGGACACCUUGAGAGUGAAUAUUGUAGAUGGCCAUUUUGAUAACAUUUCUUUAUGCAGUAGUGGGUCCUUCAUCAUUCUCACACCGUAUUCAUGAUGUCAGAUAGCGGUGAUCCUACAGGGCCGGGGGCAAACCGGAGACUCUCAGAUAUUUCUGCCAGGCGAAUAAAGGCGCUCACUGUCCUCCCCAUCACAGUGAUAUGACACGCUUCCUCCCCCAGGUGUGAAAUGCACGCCUAAAGCUGAAUUCACUUCCGGAACAGUUAGAGUCUCCUGCUUUGCCCCCUUCCGACAGACCGUGGUCUUCUGAAAGUUUCCAAAACAUAGACGAUGUACUUAGGAGGCAAAGUGGUAACAGAGAGCGUUUUAUAGAAAUCUUUAUUUUCUGUCACAUAAGACUCAUAUCAUCCACAAUAGAUGGAAGUGUCUGAUUUUUAAUCUGUACUAAAGAUAUUUUAAAUUUAAUAAAUAAUCAUUGAAACAAGGA